AACAUUGCAAGGGGGAGGAAUAAAACCACAGGAGCAGCGACGGGAGGCUGUGCGCGUCGCUGACAGUCAGUCACCAUGCUGGGGGCAGCGAGAAUCAUCCUCUUUCUCUGCACUCUCAUCCUGUCAGUGGAUGUGAUCAUGGCGAGAAAAAAUGCCCUUCAUGAUUUUUUGAAAACAUCUGGAUUUAUAUUGAUCAAAAAAUCCCUGCCACAGAAGUCUAAACAGAUGAAUUCCAUUGAACAAUGUGCAAAGCGAUGUGUAAAACACAAAGGAUUUGUUUGCAGGUCAUUUUUUUACGCGAAGAGUGAGAAGCGAUGCUAUUUGCUAUCAUUUAAUAGCAAAACCAAGGGAGUAAAAGGAAAGCAAAUUGCAGGACGUGAUCUUUAUGAGAGAAAAGAUUACAUUAGAGAAUGCAUUAUCGGGAAAGGGAACAACUAUCAGGGUACAAAGUCAGUGACGGAAAGUGGCCAGACGUGUCAAUACUGGAAUUCCACAAUCCCACAUGACCACAGGUUUUUGCCUUCAAAUGACCGGAAUAAGGACCUGCAGGAAAACUAUUGCAGGAAUCCAGCUGAUGAUGAAGGAGGUCCAUGGUGUUUUACAAUGGAUCCAAAGAUACGGCUGGAAAGCUGUGCAAUUCCACAAUGUUCUGAAGUUGAAUGCAUGACGUGUAACGGGGAAGGUUACAGAGGCCCCAUGGACCACACGAUGUCUGGAAAGGAAUGUCAACGAUGGGACCUGCAGAAGCCACAUAAACAUAGAUUCCAUCCUGAACGAUUUUCCGAUAAAGGGCUUGAUGACAAUUAUUGCCGAAAUCCAAAUGGCCGUACCAAGCCAUGGUGCUACACACUUGACCCUGAUAAACCAUGGGAAUACUGUGCAAUUAAGGAAUGUGUCCAUAAUUGUGAUCAUGAUUUGGAGAUGACCACCAAAUGUUUCAAGGAGCUCGGGGAGAGUUACAGAGGGACAGUGAACACCACCCCUUCCGGAAUCCCCUGCCAGCGGUGGGAUUCGCAGUCUCCUCACCGUCACAGCUUUGUUCCUGAGGACUAUAAAUGCAAGGACCUGAACAAAAAUCACUGCAGGAACCCUGACGGAGCAGAAGCCCCCUGGUGUUUCACGACGGAUCCUGAGAUUCGAGUAGCCUACUGUUUUCAUAUCCCACGAUGUGAGGAUACAACCCCACAGUCUGAAGAGUGUUACCAGGGUACUGGAGCCGCCUACAGAGGAACUGUGGCUCAAACUCGGGCUGGUUUAUCAUGUGCACCGUGGGUGAAUUAUGCCCAGAUUCUCGAAAGAACCAUACCGCAUACUAACUCUGUCAGCCUUGUGAAGAAUUACUGUCGCAAUCCAGAUUCGGACAUACAUGGCCCCUGGUGUUACACUAAUGAUCCUCUCACCCCGUGGGACUACUGUGCCAUUGAGCCUUGCGACAAGAGAGCCAAUGUGCCCUCAACAGUUCAAUCUCCAGCCAACACGCAAUGCCUACGAAUAAAGGCAGCGACAAGGAUAGUCAAUGGAUUUCGAGCAAAGGCCGGAACAUCCAGCUGGAUGGUCAGCCUGCGGCACAGAGACGUACAUUUCUGUGGAGGGUCGCUGAUCGAAGAAGACUGGGUUCUCACAGCUAAGCAUUGUUUCUCCACAUGUAAACCGGAUUUAAGAGGAUAUGAAGCUGUGAUGGGAAUCCUCAAAGAUGACAAACGUGAAGAAUCCCACAAACAAGUGAUGGGAAUUUCUCAGCUGGUCUGCGGCCCAGAGGGAUCCAAUCUCGUGAUGUUGAGGUUAUCCAGGCCGGUGAAAUCUACCUACCAUGUCCACAGAAUCAGUCUACCAGUGUCUGGAUGUGUAAUACAAGAAGGUGUAUACUGCAAUAUUUCUGGAUGGGGAGAAACUAAAGGUACAGGUUAUGAAGGUGAACUAAAGAUAGCCCAGAUCCCUAUCGUUGGGACUAAGAAAUGCAAUGAGUACCAUCAGGGAAAAAUCCAAAUUAAUGAAACUGAAAUCUGUGCCGGUGAAGAAGAGGGAACUGUUGGUACAUGUGAGAGGGAUUACGGAGGUCCUCUGGUCUGUGAAGAAGGUGGCCAGAAGCUACUACAAGGUGUUAUAAUUCCUGGCCGAGGUUGUGCAAAACCUAAGCGUCCUGGAAUUUUUGUGAGGGUGUCAUACUACGUCUCGUGGAUAAAUAAAGUGGUUAAGAUGUACAGAAGAAAUAACCAUGCAAGGAGAUGAAUGUACUGUAUGUCACAGAAAUCCUGUAUGAUCAAAUAUGUAAUUUAUCAACUGAA